AGAAAACCACGUGAAGGCAUAGGCAGAAAUCUCCAGAAAGGCGUUGAACAGACUACCACCUUUCUUUGCGUACAGCAAAGAGACGCCAUCUACAUACACCACGUGGCCUGUCCAUGACUGGUUGCUUGCUUGCCGAGAUGUUUCACGGUCUUCGUCUCAUUGCCAAUAAAGAUCCAUCCAUGGAGCACGGGAGAGCUUGAGGGAAGCACAAAAAGGAAGAGAGAAGGGAUUAGCAGAAAGCAGCAGAAAAGAGCAAAAGAGAAGGGCAGAAGCAGCAUGUCUAACGGCAACAAGACCGUCGAUGUGUUGGAUGGGUCUAAGAUCACAGACCUUGUUCACAACGGCGAAGUCUUCGACAAGUUCGUAGACCACAAGUUCGAGGAGCUUGAUCAGAACCACGAUGGCAAACUGUCUGUUAAGGAGCUCGUCCCGGCCAUCGCCGAGAUUGGUGCUGCCAUGGGACUUCCGGCUCAGGGUUCCUCGCCGGAUUCUGACAAGAUUUACAGUGAGUACCUCUUAUUGACGACUUGGGGUUAUAAGGUUUUGAUGGAAUUCACUCGAGGAAAAAAAGAAGGGAAAGUAAGCAAGUCGCAGUUCAAAACAGUACUUUCUGACAUCCUGCUAGGCAUGGCGGACGGAUUGAAACGUGACCCAGUUGUGAUUCUGCGGAUUGAUGGGGAGGAUCUUCAAGAAUUUGUUAGUGGAUCUAGAUUUGAGGCAGAGGCUAUAAGCAUAUAUUCUGAAAUAGAGGAGGCAAAAGACCUCAAGGAGUGCAUCUGCAAGGCUUUGGACAAGCUCACUGUGGAACAUGGAAUGCCACCAUCAUCUGAUCAAUGGGUUCGUAGCAAUGUUGUGGAACCAGCCUUGGAAUUUAUUGAUAACCAAGGAACGGAGGCCAUUGUUUCCCAAACGAAUUUCUUGGAGGCAUUCAGGAAGGUUCUGGACAACGUGGUAGUCCGGCUCAGGGAGCAUCCCGUUAUAGUUGCCCAUAGUGGGAACACAUUUGAUGGCAGAGGUAUCAAGAGAAUCCUCUCUAACAAAUCUGAGUUGGAGAAGACACUAGACUCAGCAUGGAAAUCCCUGCCAAAGGAUCACCAUGGGAAGCUCCCAAGAGAAUACCUCCGAGUUGCUUUAGAUGUCAUAGCUCCAGCAAUCAGUCUGCCUCCAUACGGUGCUGUCGACCAGAUGGAUGCAAUUACUGGGGAGGUGUUUAAAAUGGUGAAGGCAGAGGAAGGGAGCACGCUUAACCAGGAAGAGUUCAACCAGCUGAUGCUGGAGAUCAUCAGCAGCAUAAUGCUACAGUUAGAAGGAAAUCCAGUGACUGUGUCCUCAAAUGCUGUGGUGAAUGAACCUCUGAAUUCAACUCUUCUUUCUCCACCUGAAUGAAAAGUCCCCAGGCGGACGGAUACAAUGAAGACGCGUGGUGAAUGGUUACAUGAUCAGAAGACGGUUCGAGAUAUCGACUGGUUGUACUGCAGAAGCAAGUAGAUGGGUGAAUGGAGAAUCAGGCAAAUUUUCUUUAUCAGAAAUAUGAAUAGAAAAGCCUUGGUCGGUUCCUACCCUUGCCCCAGCUACAACUGUAUAAAUUAGCUGUGAACUGAGAGAAUGAAUAAAAAUGAUCCUGUUGACCUUUGGAUUUGUCUGUUUUCGUUUGAGUUUCUGUACAAUGAUUUUCGGACCUUAUUGUAAAAAUAUCUCCUCUUUAUGUAGUUCACCAAAUUAGUUCCAUUUUUCUGUACCGUCAGUGCAUUUAAGUUUUUCUGUUGAAGCAAAUUUAUAGUUACAGUUAACGUUUGAUGUUUAGAGUUAAUACAGGAGAAGAUUUUCUUAA